CAAGCUCUUCUGACGCGCCAGUCGACGUUUUUACGAAAAUCAUUCCUUGUUUUGCCUUAUGUCCUAUUAAUUGCAUUGUUUUUAAUUUUUAUUUAUUAAACUAGCUAAAUUGAUUACCUUAGUUCACUUUAACACUUUUUUUAAAAUUUAUUUUAGUUACUUUAUUUUUAAAUCUGCUGUCUUUUUAUGAUUGAUUUGGAGAAAGUCAAAUGUCGAGUAAAAUGGUAGUAUACCAGGCGGUGGUGGAACCGAAUGCCCAUGGCGAAGGCCCUCACUGGGAUUGUGAAGAACAGGCACUCUAUUUUGUUGACAUCGCCGGAAAGGCUGUACAUCGCUACCAUGCGGAAAGCAGCACCCAUACAUUUCUUCAACUAAAUGACUCAGUCAAUGUGGUCAUUCCGAUAAAAGGGGAAAGGUCUAAAUUUGCCUUGGGAUAUGGCAGAGACAUUUCGGUUCUGACCUGGGACUGGAAAACUGGAAAAUACUCUCUGGUCAAAAGAUUUUCUGUGGAAAAUGACAAACCCAACAAUAGAUUCAAUGAUGGGAAAGCAGACACAGAAGGGAGGCUUUGGAUAGGAACAAUGUCUGUAAAGCAACCUGCUCCAGGAGAAGGGUCUCUCUACCGAGUUUCAUCUGACUGUAAACUAUCGAAACAAUUUAAUGAUAUUUCAAUUUCUAAUGGAAUUACUUGGAGUUUAGAUGAGAAACUCAUGUACUAUAUCGACUCUCCAACAAGAAGAAUUGAUGUUUUUGAUUACAACAUAAAAACAGGGGCAGCCAGUGGGAGACGGAAAUUCUUUGCCUUUGAAGAGAAUAAUGUAAGAGGUGUUCCUGAUGGAAUGACAAUUGACAGGGAUGGAAAUUUGUGGGUCGCAUGUUGGAAUGGAAGCCAGGUGAUACAAAUAUCCUCUGCCGGAAUUCUAAUGUCCCAUGUCGAAUUGCCAACCGACCUAGUCACAUCUGUCGCCUGGGGUGGGAGAGACCUUUCGACCCUUUAUGUCACCACAAUGUACAUAGAGCUUGACCCAGAGUUGAGAAAAAAACAACCUUUAGCUGGAGCGACAUUUGCAGUAACAGGUUUGGCAACGGCUGGCCACUCUGGAGGGCAAGAAGUUUCACCAUGCUUUCUUAAUAACAAUAAUGAUAAUGAUUUUUAAAUAAUGUUUCCAUUGUACUAUUUUUGUAAUAUGUAGGCUGAAUUUAAUAAGGUGAAGAUAUACCGUCCUAUUUAUAUUGUUGCAGCAGUACAAAUAAUUUUACUUUAUCUAAUCAUAUUAGUAUAUAUUUACACAUAUGUACACCUAGUUAAAUUUGGUAUAUAAAUUGAAACAAUAUAAUAGUGCUACAAUUGAUAAACAAAGGGUAGUAUAAAAUUGUAUGUAUAUAUUAUAAAAAAUAUUGAAUCUUUGAAAGGUGCCAAGUCACAACCACAGUGGGCAGCCUUCAAAGUAAAAUAUAAAAACAAAAUUUUUUGUAAGGGUUUUUUUUAACUUUAUUUAGUCUAAAGAAUUGGAAAGUCAAUUUUUUCCUCCGACACUACAGAACUAUACUAAAAUUUGGACUUUUUUUUAAAUUUUAGACAGAUUGUGAUGAAACAUAAAACACAAUAUUCACUAAUUUCGUGGCCCGCUUGACCAAUUAAAUCAUUACA